GAAGACUAGUGGGUAUUUUGGAAUUUAAAGCGCGCGUGCUAAUGAAAUUUUGUUGUUAUUGUGAUACAAAUAAAACUAAUGAGUAUACAAAAAGGUUUCUUUGAAAAAGUUGUUUGUAAUCGUGAGAAAUUAAUUACCAGUCACCAAAUAGUUUAUUUAUCGUCACAGCCAUGCCUGAAGUAAAGUUGGAAGAGGUGCGGCGGUUCAUGGAGGACAGUCUGAAGGCUGUGGGGGCUCCGGAGACGGAGGCGAGGGCCCACGCCGACCUGCUGAUGCACGCAGACACCGUGGGACAUUAUAGCCAUGGUUUGAAUAGACUUGAAUUCUACAUCAAUGACUGUCAGUCUAAGGCGUGUGUGCCGACUGCUAAGCCGGAGAUCCUGAAGGAAUCUGGAGCCACAGCCUGGGUGGACGGUCACAACGCACUUGGUGCCACCGUCGGCAACUUCUGCAUGGACCUAGCCAUUAAGAAGGCGAAAGAAUGUGGCGUUGGAUGGGUUUGUGCUAAAAGGAGUAACCACUUCGGCAUGGCUGGCUACUGGGCGCUGCAGGCGGAGCGCGAGGGUCUGAUAGGGCUCGCCUUCACCAACUCGUCUCCGAUCAUGGUUCCCACCAGGUCCAAACAGAAAGCGCUGGGAACGAAUCCUAUUGCAAUGGCUGCACCUGCGGCUGAUGGAGACAAACUUGUGGUGGACAUGGCUACCACCACGGUCGCUAUGGGAAAGAUUGAAGUACAAAUUCAUAAAGAAGAACCUUUGCCCCCUGGUUGGGCAGUCGGACCUGAUGGCAAGACCAUAACGGACGCCAAGGCGGCGUUCCAGGCAGGUCGUCUGAUGCCACUGGGUGGGGAAGAGAAGACCAGUGGGUACAAGGGCUAUGCCCUCAGUGCCAUGGUAGAACUCUUCUGCAGUGGAUUAUCAGGGUCAACUUCGACCCACAACAUUCGUGGUUGGGAGCUGAACAGCACCCAAGGGCCACCAGAUUUGGGCCAGUGUUUCGCUGCCAUCAACCCCGAAUGCUUUGCUCCAGGCUUUGUGGACAGAGCUGCCGACUGUCUAACAACCUGGAGGAACCUGGAACCGGUUGACCCAGCCCUCCCAGUAUUGGCCCCAGGAGACAAAGAGCACCACAUUGGAGAGGCGACCCUAGCCAAGGGAACAGUGAAUUAUCCUCAGAAACAAUUGGAGGCUAUGGAGACCAUGGCUAAGAGAAUCGGUGUUAAACCCAUACAAGUUGUUUAGGAAUAAGCCUAAUCUACACAUCAGGCUUAU